AUGACCAACGCCACCCCACAAUGUUACCCUUCAAAACAUACCAAUCCCAUGCAUUCCCUCUGUCCUUUUCAUUCCAACACCAUGACCAAACCAAGAACCCUCAGUCUCACCUUCUUCAUGCAAGACAUCCAAAUUUUGGAGAUUUUUCUAGCGGUUCUUGUCUUCGUACUCAUUCAUGCUCUUAGACAAAAGAAGCAUCAUGGCCUGGUUGUUUGGCCUGUCCUUGGAAUGGUUCCUUCUUUGGUCACAGGACUUAGAACCAACUUGUAUGAAUGGAUCACAGAAGUGCUCAAAAGGCAAAACAGGACAUUCAGAUUCAAAGGGCCUUGGUUUAGCAACCUCAACUGCAUUGUCACUGCUGAUCCCCGCAACCUGGAGCACCUUCUCAAAACCAAGUUCCCUCUCUUCCCUAAGGGAGGAUACUUCAGGAACACAGUUAGAGACCUACUAGGAGAUGGUAUAUUCGGAGCAGACGAUGACACCUGGCAGAAGCAAAGAAAAACAGCAAGCAUUGAGUUUCAUUCAACAAAGUUCAGAAAAUUAACGACAGAAUCCUUGCUGGAGCUAGUCCACUGCAGGCUCUUGCCUGUGUUAGAGUCAUCGGUUAAGAAAUCUGUUGCAAUAGACCUCCAAGACAUUCUCUUAAGGCUAACUUUUGACAAUGUUUGCAUGAUAGCCUUUGGUGUUGAUCCAGGUUGUUUGCGCUUAGGUUUGCCUGAGAUACCAUUUGCCAAAGCCUUUGAGGAUGCAACAGAAGCUACAGUGUUUCGUUUUGUUACCCCCACGUGCGUUUGGAAGGCCAUGAGAUUUCUUAACCUGGGGGUGGAAAGGAAGCUGAAGAAGUCCAUAAAAGGGGUUGAUGAGUUUGCUGAGAAUGUCAUUCGGACUAGAAAGAAGGAACUCUCUUUGCAAUGUGAAGACACUAAGCAUAGGUCAGAUUUGUUAACUGUGUUCAUGAGGCUGAAGGAUGAGAAUGGAAAACCCUAUUCGGAUAAGUUUUUGAGGGAUAUAUGUGUGAACUUUAUAUUGGCAGGGAGGGACACUUCUUCGGUUGCUUUGAGUUGGUUUUUCUGGUUGCUUGAACAGAAUCCUGAAGUGGAGGAGAAUAUUCUGGCAGAGAUAUGCAGGAUGGUGAGUCAAAGGAAAGACAUAAAGAGGGAAGAGUUUGGUAAUUCUUUGAUAUUCAGGCCAGAGGAGGUCAAGAAGAUGGAUUAUUUGCAUGCUGCUUUAUCAGAAGCUCUCAGGUUAUACCCUUCUGUGCCUGUGGAUCACAAGGAGGUAGUCGAAGAUGAUACAUUCCCAGAUGGAACGGUACUAAAGAAAGGGACAAAAGUCAUCUAUGCAAUCUAUUCAAUGGGAAGAAUGGAAAGCAUAUGGGGGAAGGACUGGAAGGAGUUCAAGCCAGAAAGGUGGCUAAGAGAUGGGAGGUUCAUGAGUGAAUCUGCUUACAAAUUCACUGCAUUCAAUGGUGGUCCUCGUUUGUGCUUAGGCAAAGAUUUUGCAUACUACCAGAUGAAAUAUGCUGCGGCCAGCAUCAUAUUCCGGUACCGUGUGAAGGUGGUGGAGAAUCACCCUGUGGAGCCAAAGCUUGCCUUAACCAUGUACAUGAAGCAUGGCUUAAGAGUUAACCUAUAUAGGAGGGAUGUUGCACAAAUUCACAAACACUUAGAGGAGGGCUUCAAAUAA